AUGCCUGACUUCGCUCUCCGUACCCAGAACCAGCGUGCCGACGCCCUGGCCCGCCUGGCCGACGACCACCUGCAGCAGGAUCUCCGCCCCGACGACCGCGUCGCCCUCCACUCCGCCGCCCGCGCCGUCUCCCGCUGGACGCUCGUCGCCGGCUCCCUGGGCCUGGGCCUUGGCCUGUUCGUCGCCCUGCGUCUGCGCAGCUCGCGCAAGGCCGUCUUCGAUGCCUUCCGCGCCCGUGAGAGGCCCACCGGCCUCGUUUUCGCCGACGGGCGCACCGGCCCUGACCCCCUCCCUCGCAGAAUCCAUCCCCGAUCUCACCCCCUGCUGAAGCCCACCGCCCUGGGCGACGUCGCCACCUACAUCCUCGCUGGCACGGGAGGCCUCUUCCUGGGCGCGGAGCUGGGCUUCCUCGGUGGUGUUUCCAGCGGCAGUUCGCAGAUCAUGGGUGAUCCGGAGCGGCGCGAUCGCAUCGAGCGGGCCUUCCGCAAAUUCCGGGCCGACGUGCUGCGCAAGGAGGCCGAUGCCCUGGACGGUGGGGGGAGGAGUGUGUUCGACCAGAUGUUCUGAUCCCCGCGCCCCGAGCGGACCCGGGGGACGAUGUACGACUAGCAGAGAACUUGACGAUCAUGAAUGGAUAUCUUAUCUACAGCACAUGGGGAGAGCCACACCCACGCGCGUAGGGAGGCGGUGGGUCGGACAUGAUACCUACAUUAGACGGACCAAGGAACAGGAUAUGCCGGCUAUAAACAACAACAGAGAACACAAAAAGCAAAACAGGUUACCAAGCACGCGAACCCCAACACCGGCGCGAUGAAAUCCCCAGACGGCCCAGCUCGAUCCGGGGAAGGACGGUAGAUAUCGGGACGAGAGGCACGACGCACCCCCGGGCCAUUACUAGUCGGCAUUGUUGGCGCACGUCCAGCUGGC